AUGUCAGCGAUGGGCAGACGGCCCUACAACGGACAGCUCUUGGACACUAGGAGGCUAGCUCGAGACUCGACUCGGCUUGAACCAGAGUUGAUGUACGACAUUCUGCCCUGCCCCCCUAAUGCACAAGCCCCGGGACGUGCUGAAGGGCCGGUCAAUGCUCAAGGUGCAGCUGUUCAGUGUGCGGUGCCACAGCCCAUCCUGUCCCUCGUUCGUGCGAGUCAACCACCGCCAGACUCUGGAGACUCCAGUGUCCUCUGGGGUCUGGUCUGA